AUGGAAAGCCUAGUGUCUCUGCCAGCAGCACAUCCUUUGGUGCCUUUACCGUGGCACGCCAAUCCCGUUCGUCUCCCAGACGAUAACUCACACGUGCAUUUGCAUCAGAAGUCAGCCUUUUCACCCGGUGCACGCACACAGCAACCGCAACCCCAUUCGAAACUUCCGCCAAAAGCCGCAGAAGAGUCGAGCAUGAAGCCGUCACGAGAGAAUUGCGACAGGAGGAGACCAGGGGAGGAUGCCUCCCGCUUGCCCAACAUUUCUCAGCAAUCCAUGAGCCAAUCUCUCACUCCGUUCCUCCGCGAGCAUAUUCCUACUCUAUAUGCUCCCAUAGGCAAACCAGAUCUCCCAUCGAUGGCAAACCUGAAGAAUAAAGACCCAAACAGCAAGUAUUGUUACAGACAUCGCCCAGAUUCCAAGUGUCGUCGGGCUGCCGAUGAAACGAAAAUGGGACUUAUCCAAAGAGACCUCGAAACAUUGCCUGCAGCAGAUCGCCAAGCCAUCACCAAUGUUUGGUCAUUGUUUUCUGCGGCUCCUACUAAGCACCGAGAGCUAAUGCUACAGGGUAUCAUUACCCAAUGUUGCUUCCCCCAGCUUUCUGCAGUCUCACGAGAGGUACACGAGCAACUCAAAAUUGAUUUCAUGUCAGCGCUACCAACGGAACUUUCGUUGAAAAUUCUUUGUUACCUGGACUGCUCCUCUCUUUGUAAAGCAGCCCAGGUCAAUCGCCGAUGGAAUGCUUUGUCCGGAGACGACCUAGUAUGGCACCGCAUGUGUGAGCAACACAUUGGGCGAAAGUGUGAAAAAUGCCAAUGGGGUCUGCCUAGGCUAGAGAAGAAGCGAUUGAGAGAGUGGAAAACACAGCACCAACUCGCGCUUCCUCCGACGCCCGCCAUAAUGGCUGUCGAUGACACCCUUCCGACUUCGACCGCCACAAAACGUGCUGCAGAAACUAGUGAAGAUGAAGGACAGCCCAAGCGCCGUUGUACGGAGGAGAGGGUUGAUUGCAAUCCCGAUACGGGCCUCAAAAGGAAGUUCAGACCAUGGAAGGACGUGUAUCGAGACCGUUUCAAGGUCGGAUCAAAUUGGCAAAAAGGCCGCUGUACUAUCAAAACUUUCAGUGGCCAUGCCAAUGGAGUUACGUGUCUCCAAUUUGACGAUAAUAUGCUUGCUACUGGCUCGUAUGAUGCCACCAUCAAGAUCUGGAACAUCGAGAAAGGCGAAGUUGUCCGGACUCUGCAAGGCCACACGAUGGGUAUUCGGGCUCUCCAAUUUGACGACCGGAUGCUUGUUAGUGGAAGCUUGGACAGUACUGUCAAGAUCUGGAACUGGAGGACUGGCGUCUGCAUCAAUACGCUCAAUCACCAAGGCGGCGUCAUCACGGUACACAUGGAAGGCGACUACCUGGCUUCUGGGUCCAUGGACAGAUCUAUCAAAAUAUUCGACUUCAAGACUCAGCAGUCAUUUUCUCUGCGGGGUCACACCGACUGGGUUAACCAUGUUCGAUUGGAUAUGACGUCUCGUACCCUGUUAUCGGCAUCGGACGAUUGCACUGUCAAGUUAUGGGAUCUAGACUCUAGAACGUGCAUCAAGACGUAUGAAGGCCAUGUUGGACAAGUACAACAAGUCCUGGCUCUGCCUGAUGAUUUCGAGUUUGAGGACGAGAGUGCUCGCGACGCUGAUGCUUCCUCUGCGGCUAGUAACCGCAGUGUCACACCAGUUACAUCGCCAAGUCCACACUGCUCCAACCAUCAAGCAGAGGAACGAGCAGCAUAUGGUCCAAUUUUUCUGAACGAUCCAGAACGACCAUUACCCCCUCGAUAUAUGCUUACGGGAUCCUUGGACUUGACGCUACGGCUGUGGGAUACUGCUACCGGGAAGAGCCCUCGUUGUUUCUGGGGACAUGUCGAAGGCGUUUGGGGUCUCGCGGUCGACACGCUCCGUUACGUCUCUGGAGCUAAUGACGCGACUGUGAAAGUUUGGGACCCACGAACAGGCAAGUGUGAACGCACUUUCACUGGUCACAGCGGGCCCGUGACCUGCGUCGGACUCAGUGACAGCCGUUUUGCGAGCGGCGGCGAAGACGGAGAUGUGCGCCUGUAUAGCUUUGAGGGCGAGCCAGGAGAAUGUCUCGAAAGGGGUACGCCAUCCUAA